AUGAUAUGGUUUAAACAAGCAAGAUCCGCCAACAUACCUGUCAACGGAACUCUUCUUAGAGGAAAAGCAUUAGAGAUUGCGGAGAAAUUGAAUGUUGAUUUUACGCCUUCCAAUGGAUGGAUUGAUCGGAUGAAAAAAAGAGCUGGUCUAGUUUAUAAAACAAUUAAAGGAGAUUGUAACAGCGUUGAUUUACAAGAAGCUGAAGAAUGGAAAGCUAAAUUACCUGAAAUUAUUUCAGGGUAUCAACCAAAGAACAUUUUUAACAUGGAUGAAUGUGGACUGUUUUUCAAUCUUUUACCAGAUAAAACUUUUGCCUUUAAAGGUGAACCCUGUCAUGGCGGAAAAAACAGUAAAGAACGUUUGACAAUUUUAGUUGGGGCCAGUAUGAAUGGUAUAGAAAAAUUACCGAUUUUAGUUAUCGGUAAAUCGAAAAAACCAAGAUGCUUUCGAAAUGUUAAGUCACUGCCUUGUGAUUAUGACAGUAAUCAAAAAUCCUGGAUGACAAUUAAAAUUUUUGAAACGUAUUUGAAAAAAUUAGACAGUAAGAUGCGAAAAGAAAAACGAAACAUCAUAAUCUUCGUAGACAACUGCGCUGCUCAUUCCAAGGAGAAUAAGUACACUAACAUCAAGUUGCAGUUCUUACCACCAAAUUCUACUUCUGUUCUACAACCAAUGGAUCAGGGAGUUAUUAAGGUAUUUAAGCAGCAUUAUAAAAUGCGACUUGUGAAACGGAUGCUGGAAGGACUUGAAAAUACUGGAGAGCUAAAAAAAGUCAAUAUGUUAGAAGCGAUUGAGUUAAUUGUAUCAGCAUGGGAAUUAAUAACACCAUCUGCCAUUGCUAACUGUUUUCGGAAAGCUGGAUUCUCUGACGGAGAUACAACUGAAGAAUAUCUCUUAGAAGCUGAAUAUGAAAUAUCAGAUGAAGACGAAGAAACAAACGAUAUUUGUGAUGUUACAAAUGAUACAGAAGAAUUCAGUGAAACUGAAGAAGAUAUUGCUAAACCACCUAGCUUUUCUGAUGCCAGGAAAGGGCUGGAUACUUUUAGGAAAUGUAUUUACACUGUUGAAAAUGUACCCCCGGAAAUGUUUAAAUUUUUACAGCAGUUGGACAAUUUUCACUUAAAGGUAGGUGAGAAAAGACAAAAACAAACCACUUUACACGAUUUUUUCUCACAGAAAUCUAGUUAA